UACAGAGACUUCAAUCAGAGAAUUAAUUUUUUCUCUUUCUUCUGAAUUAAUAAUAAGAAAAAGAAGAAGCUUUCUUGUUGAAUUGAAUUUGUAGCUGGUAUAACGUAGUAGCACUUGGGUUUUAAGAUAGACAACGUAACCAAAAACUGUUUCAUGUUUUGUCUGUUUUUCCUCUUUUGGUUUUUUUGAGUUUCCUCUUUCUCAUCUUUGCGGUGCAUUUUUCUAAUUUUCUCGGGAAAAUCCUUUGUGGGCUUUCCGGGAAAGUUUUUUGUCAGAUUCGGAAACAGAUUAAAAGCGGAGCCAAAAAUAAAAUAAUAGAAAUCCAUAAGAACUACCAAACAGAUUUUGUGUUUAUCUUUAUAGAUUCUUUUGAUCUCGUUUGAUCAUCUUCAAAGUCUCAACCUUUAAGAUUUUGAUCCUUUUAUGGUAAUUAAGACAUUGAAACAAAUCUUCUGGGUAGAUUUUGGCUCUUCUCUGAUCUUCUCUUUUCUGAUUCAAUCUUAACGAUCCCAAUCUUCUUCUUCUUCUUCCUUUUCUGGGAAAAUUUUGGCUCCUUCUGAAUUUUUGUGGGAAAAUUGAAUUGAAUCCGAUUAGUUGGAUCGACAAGAAUCGGAUUCGAAUUUUGACGAUGAAAGCAUCAGGUUCGUUAGAUAGCUGGAGAGAAUAUUUCCGGCGAGGAGAUUCCGAUAUUUUCGGGAUCAUCGAUCAUGCGAUCAUGGUGGCUGCUACUGAUUGUCCUAACAAAUUCAAAUCCAGAAGAGACAAAAUCGCCGAGCUUUUAUUCUCCUGCAGAGUGAGCCGCUGCAUCGGAUGCGACCAUCUCGAAUUGUCUGUUCCCGGAGACGACGAGGGUAAUCGCGGCCGUGGAGCCACCGGUGACGGCGGUGGUGGUACGGCGGUUGAUGAAGAUUAUGAGGUUGGUGGUAGUAAAGAGAGCAAAGCUAAUAGUAGCAGAGGAGAUAAUAAUCAUAUCGAUGAGACGAAUUUGAAUAGUAAUCAGAUUGUUAGCAAUUAUACAUUUGAUGAAGCUGAGGCUUUGAGUGAUGAGAUUGAAGAGUUUUCUGUGGUUUCUAAGGAGGUUGCUAGGAUCAAAGAGAUCUUGCUCAACAAAGAAGAUGAGCCAAACUCGGUGUUACUCGAUUCUUUAAGACAUCUUAAGUUGAUGUCUUUGAAUGUGGAUAUUCUUAAGAGUACUGAGAUUGGAAAGGCUGUUAAUGGCCUGAGGAAACAUGGUUCUGAUAAGAUUCGACAACUUGCAAAGACUCUUAUCGCAGAGUGGAAGGAGUUGGUGGACCAAUGGGUGAAUACCACAAAGGAAAUUACUGGUGCUGAAGGUACACCAGAGUCUGCAAACCCGUCUGUCGUUGAUGAAGAAGAAGCAUUUCCAUCGCUUCCAUAUGAUGUCGAUAUCUUUACACCAGAACCAAACGGAUUUGAAAUCUCACACUUCUUUGAUUCCUUGGACUUUGAUGGAAAUCCUCGUAACUCUAAAGAAUACAACACAAGCCGAGAGCACGAAAGAAGACCACAAAAUAUCGCCAAGAGAAAACCCGAGGGAACACAAAUGAGGAUACAAGAUGCUCCUUUUAGAUCUAUUAAGCCAUCAUCAGAUGCUGAUUUUGAUGGGACUAGAAGACCUCUAAAGCAAAAUACAGAGCAAAGGAUGAAGAACGAAACUGUAUCUGUUCACAAGUCUGAAAAACCCAUGAUCCAAAGGAAACCGGUUGUUACAGAACAGAAGCGGAAAGCUCCCGGACCUCAACAAGAAAAACUUAAAGGUCUUGAUGCAGACGCAAAGUUUGAGUUUGCAAAGAGGAAACUUCAAGAGAGCUACCAGCAUCAUGAGAAUGCCAAGAAGCAGCGAACGAUACAAGUACUUGAGAUGAUCCCAAAGCAAGGUAGUGCUCAGAAACCGCAACUCAAGAGACCUGGAAUGAGCAACAGGAAUUGGGCUAACGGGCGGAAAUAGCUUCUUCUCUGUCAAAAUGGUGAAUAACUCUCGGCAAAAGUCAUUUUACUCCAUACUUACCACACAUAUCUCGCAAUCUCUGGUGCAAUAAAAGGUAAACAGAGUCAAGUUCCACAAGCUGGAGACAGUAACAAGCAGAGGAGAAGGAACAGAAUCCAACAUAACUUUACUUUGAACAAACUGUUUUCUCCUCUGUUUUGUUCAGUCUUGGAUUCACCAAUUGCAGCAAGAUAGGGAUACCAAUUAUUGUUUCUUUUAUGUGUUCUUACUACAUUCUUGAGACUUUCGGUACAGUUUCGGUUUAGUCGGGUUAUGUUCGGUUUUGGGACAAGGAGAGAGGUCCCUUUACGUAUAUCUCAUACAGUAUAAAAUAUAGUAAAAGAGGGUAGAAAAGCUCAUUCGAAUUGACCGGCUCUUCACCUAACUUUGUAUAGUAAUGUGAAAUGAUUUGGGACACAAUAUAAGGAUGACGACAUUUUUUUUCCCAAAUAAAUAAAUAUAUUUAAUGA